UGGCACUCAAAGGUCAAAGUGCGCUUCCUUGAUAACGAAAGAAGCUUGAGUUGCGAUGUUUUCUUUAAACAAACGCUAGGCAGCCGCCAUAAAUUGUGAUAUUGAAGUUUUUUCAUGUAAUAUAAAUGCGAGCUGCUUCCUUCUGUUACAAUGACCACUACAAUAGUCCACGACACUUCAGAGGCCUUGUGCCUGUCUGCAGAGUACAACCUGUUCCUAAAACCCAUCGCCAAAAUGACAGUCAGUGUUGCCUUGCCCCAACUCAAGCUUCCCGGCAAAAGUAUCUCCAACUGGGAAGUGAUGGAGAGGGUGAAGUCCAUGGUUGCUCCAGAGCAGUUCUCUGUCCUCCGCAUCUCCAAGAGCACCAUGGACUUUAUCCGGUUUGAAGGAGAGGUGGAGAACAAGACCGUAGUCAAGAACCUGCUCACACGACUUGACGGGAAGACCAUCAAACUGAGUGGAUUUACUGAUGUUUUGAAGGUCCGUGCUGUGGAAAACAAAGUGGACUGUCCCACACGCCAUGACUGGGACUCAUUUUUCCGAGAUGCCAAAGACAUGAAUGAGACACUUCCAGGAGAGAGACCGGACACCAUCCACCUGGAGGGACUGCCCUGCCGCUGGUUUAGUCAGAAGGACAGCCAGUACCCCGACAGGCCCUCAGAGGAGGUGCUCAUAGCAGUCUUUGAGACUUUUGGAAAGAUAAGGAAAGUGGACAUCCCCAUGCUGGACCCCUACAGAGAGGAGAUGAUGGAUAAAAACUUCAGCACAUUCAGUUUUGGUGGGCACCUGAACUUUGAGGCCUAUGUCCAGUUUGUGGAGUAUGGUGGUUUCACUAAAGCCAUGGACACUCUACGGAGCAUGAAACUGAUGCUGAAGGGAGAUGAUGGCAAAGCUGUAGCCUGCAAUAUUAAGGUGAGCUUUGACACCAGCAAGCACCUGAGUGAUGCAGCCAUAAAGAAGAGAAAUAUGGAAAGACAGAAGCUACAGGAGCUGGAGAAACAGAGAGAGGAGCAGAAACGCAGAGAGAAAGAAGAGGAAGAGCGGCGGAAAGAAGAGGAGAGAAAACAGAAAGAACAGGAGGAAGAGGAGAAAGAGAGGAGAAAGGAGGAGAGACUUCGCAAACGUGAGCAGAAGCUAAAGGAAAGAGAGGAGCGAAAAAACUUGAAGAAGGUCAAGAAGCAACAAGAGGAGGAGCAGAAGAAACUCCAGAUGAAGAUCGCCAUGGAGGAGAGGAGGCUGCUGCUUGCUCAGAGAAACCUGGAGUCCAUACGGCUGAUUGCUGAACUGCUGUCCAGAGCAAAGGCUAAAAGGCAGCAGCAGCUGGAGAUGGAGAGAGCAAAGCUAGAGGAGCAGAAGAGGCGAGAGGAGGCGCGGCAGAGGGCUGAGCUAGCCCGACUGCAGCAACUGGAGGCCUGCAGACGCCAACAGGAGGCAGAGCUUCACCGAGUGGAGGUGGAGAAGGAGCGGGCACUAGAGCUUCAACGCCGUGAAAAGGAACUAAGGGAGAAACUACUGUGUAACCUGCUCAAGAAAAGCAGUGGUAAAAAGUCUCCGGAUAGUCAGGAGCAGGCUGUACCGGAGGCGAGUGGAGCUGAUGACUUGAUAUUGGGCGUCUUAAGCAGGGUUAAUGGGAUAAAACCAGAGAAACCAGUUGUGGUGCAAAAUGUAGAGGUAAAGAGAGAAAGCGGUGGUGAAGAUCACAAUAAAAAUGAAGCAAUGAGGAGUAGACAUAGCAAAGAAAAUGCAAAAGUUUCAGAGCAUCCGCACAGAAGUUCAAGCCCUUAUAACCGAGGCAGGAGGAGAAGGAGCCACAGUCGCCACGGCAGUCGGAGGAGGAGUUCCAGUCGCCAUGACAGCAGCAGCAGGAGGAGGGGUUCCAGUCGCCACGGCAGCAGCGACAGGAGGAGGAGUUCCAGUCACCACGGCAGCAGUAGGAGACGAGAGAGCAGCUACACAAGGAGGAAGGGAAGGAGCCAUAGCAGCAGCUCCAGUCGAGACAGGAGCAGGAGUAGCAGUGGAGGGAGGGGCCACAGGGGGCAUGGUGGGAGGGGCUAUAGGCGAGGUCGCCGUGGAUAUAGCAGGAGCAGGUCUCGAAGCUCCUCCCACAGCAAAUAUAGUGCGCGAUACAGAAGGCGCAGCAGAGACAGGAGCCAUUCAAAAAGAACAUAGACUAAAAGUUUGACAGUGUAAUGAGACUGUAAAGAUAGAAUGGUGCUUUCAAAAAUAUGUUGCACAAAAAGCUUGAAUUUCAAAAAAGAGACACUGAACAGAGUAUGCCAUGAAUGUGAAAUUCAGUGGUAUUUGUUUUAUUGGACUAUUUUUAUGUUUACUUCAUAUUUUCUGGGAGUUUUAGGCUGUUCUCAUUUCACAUUUUUGCAUUAUUGUUCAAAACCAAAACAGGAAAUGCAAAUACACAGUACAUUGAACUUGAACUCAUACUGGCCAACUAACUUAAGAUUUUAACAUACAGUUUACUCUUUAUUUUAUUCAAAGGGCAUUGUCAAUCCUGAAUGUCUUAUUACACUAUAAUGAAUUAAAUGUAUUGAGCAUCACCUGACUGUAUUAUAACGACUGUCAGUCAGGUGCUUGAAUAUAACAAGUAAGGACAAACAUGAAUAGAACAAACAAAUAUUACACUUCCCACUGACCAUAGGACACGUACUGUACCUUUAUGUUGUGAUUGAAAAUGCCUUGUUAAGAUUAAGGUGUCUUAAACACUUGGUUUGGCAUUAUUAUUGGCUUUUUGUGAGUUGUUGCAUGUUCAGCAUCUGUGACAUCUGUCAAAUAAAACUGGUUCUGGAGAA